AUGAAUCCUUAUCAACCACCUUCAUAUCAUCAUCAUCAUCCUCCACCACCGGGAACACAUCGACAUCAGUAUCCACCACCACCAGGUGUCGGUAUUCCGCCAGGACCGAUGUUUCCACCACCUCCACAUCUUUUUCCAAACUAUCCACCACCUCCCCACGGAAUGAUGGCACCACCACCCGGAAUGUUCCCUGGGUUCCCCGGUGGCCAUCCAAUGAUGAUUCCACCAUUGUUACCUACACCACCCGGACCACCCGGAGUACUAGGAAACAAACAAAUGACACCACAUAAACAUCAUAUACAACAGCAGCAUCAACAACAUCAACAACAACAACAGCAACAGCAACAGAUGAAUCAUCAAUCGUCAAUGAUGAAGAUUGUACCUCCAGUUGUUUCUGCAACGGCAUCGAUUGCUGCUAAUGCUUCAAACUUGUCGUCGUCAUCGUCAUCCACAACUACAGCAUCAUCUGCAACCAUUACACCGACAGUCUAUGUAGGAAAGAUACCAGAGACCGUUGAAGAUGACUUUAUUCGAAAGUUACUCGAUCUCUGUGGAAAGGUAGUAAAGUGGAACCGUGCAUCCGAUCCCAGUGGUAAACUUAAAGGUUUUGGAUUCUGUGAGUUCGAUUCACCGGAAGGUGUAUUAAGAGCUCUAAGAUUAUUAAAUGAAUUACAAAUUGAUGAUAAGAAUUUAAUGUUAAAGGUAGAAGAUAAAGUACAAAAGUAUUUAAAUGAAUAUAUUGAAAAUAGAAAUAAGAAUGAACAAGAUAAAGAAACACAGCAAACAGAGGAAAAAGAUAAAGAUGAUACUACAAAAGAAUCGAUACAACAAUUGGUAAAAGAAAACAAAGUAAUGUUGGAGGAAAAGAAGAGACAAAAAGAGAAAUCAUUACCACCUCCCGAAAUACAAGAGAAUAAAGUAUUAGAAUUAAGAUUGAUGACUAAAGAAGAAAAGUUAAAGAUGGCAGCCAAGGAGAAAGAGAAAGAGAUUGAAAAGGAAAAGGAAAGAGAAACAAGAAAGAGAGAGAGAAACGAGAGAGCUCUGAGAGAAAAGGAAAGAGAUUGGGAGGCAAGAGAGAUGAGAAGCGAGAAGGAUAGAGAACGUGACAAGGAGAGAGAACGUGAGAGAGAACGAAAUGAAAUCUAUAUCAGAAAGCAAGAGAUGGAGGAAUACUCGAGUGACGACGAACACAUGAGAAAGCGUUUGAGAGCACGUGACUCUGUCAAGAGAAGACAGAAGGAGUUGGAAGAUGACAUCAAAGAGAAAGAGAGGGAGAAAGAAAGAGAAAAGGAAAAGGAGAGAGAGAGACUGUUGGAACGCGAGAAAGAGAGUAGCGGUAGUUCGACAGGUGUCAGUGGUGCUGGUGGUGUCGGUAACAACGGUGGUGAGCAUGGUGUAAUCGGACCUUUUAGCCUUGGAUUGGGUGGAAGAAAGUUGACACUGUCGAACAACGGUAGCGGUCUUGGACUGACAGCGGAAACCAUCAAUAAGAUUCAAUUGGAUUUCUCGGCAAAGAAAGCUACACGUUUAUCGACCGCCACUGGAUUCAACACGAACGAAGUCGAAGAACCCGAACAGAUUGUCAAUAAGAAACAAAUGAUACUUUUAGAUUAUAAUGAAAUAUUGGAUAAUACCAACAGCAACGAUAUAGAUGCUAAAGUAUUAUUGAAAUCGAAUGUACAGCAACAACAACAACAACAAUUACAACAGCAACAACAACAACAACAACAAUUAAGACAAUCACAACAACAACAACAGCAACAACAACAAUUACAACAACAGCAACAACAACAACAAGUUAAACAAAGAUCAAAAGAAGAAUUACAAAAGAUUAUCGAUACUAUACCACUGGAUAAGGAUGAUCUGCUGAAUAUGAAAAUGGAAUGGGAUGAGAUCGAGAAAUUGCAGCUCAUUGAGAGUAAACUGAAACCUUGGGUCAAUAAGAAGUUGACAGAGAUCAUUGGUGCAGAAGAGACAAUCCUUAUCGAACAUAUUAUAAGUCUGAUGAAGCAGAGAUCUGACCCACACACUAUUAUAUCGCAAUUGAAAGAGAUGAUAGACGAAGAAGCAGAGAAUUUCGUAUUGAAAAUGUGGAGAAUGUUAGCUUUUCUUGUUAAAACAUCGAUAUGA